AUAAGUCAUAGUUAAAUAAUUGUUUGACUAGAACCUAACAUGCACUCCCAACUCCUGAACUUUACAUCUGCAGAUACUCCAGAUUGACAGGGAGCUGCUGUACUGCAACAGAAGAAAGAACCAUGAGGUCCCACUCCAGAGCAGAAAGGCUUCUUAUCUUAAAAGCAGUCAUUUUCCAGAGCCCCGCUACAAUAAAGCUCCUUCCGGCUCCCGAUAAAUGCACAUUCAUAAGAGGAACCCUUCCAACCUCCAUCACAACCAUCACUGCAGGGCCACUAAACAAGUUCCUGCUCUCCUCUCUGUUACCCAGCUCUUUUUUUUCUGUAUUGUUUUGUUUUUUUCUCUCUUUCACGUCCCUGGUUUUCUUUAAAGUUCAGAUCACAGUGCUUACAGGGAUUCAAGGAACCGGAUAGAGCCUGGACGUGCAGGUGCAAGAGAUUUGGUUCCAGCAACCGUACGGCACAGAGGGAGGAGGAGGCGCCAGCAAGGUGCCAAGAGGGGAAGGAAAGGACGGAAGAAGAGGAAAACACGAGAACGUGUAGGCUGCUACCCCUCAUUGAGCCACUCGAGCCUGGAGCAGAUGGAAAGAUUGUAGUGGGGGGAGAGAGAGAGAGAGAGAGAAAGGGAGAGAGAGAGAAUUGGAAGAAGCCAUGCAGAGAGUGAAGCAGCCCAGCGACGAUGCUUGAUGAACUGAACCGCUGACCACGAGAAACUCUUUCUUCCACUUUGAGUGAUCCCCAGUGGGACCACGGAAUCAGACAGGACAACCCCGAGGGGGAAGACAUCAACUCAUCCUCCCAGCUGACGGGCAGAAAAAGAGAAAACCCAGCCCGGGACGUGGAAAAGAAAGACGAGCAAGAGAGGAGGGAAAGGAGGACAGUUCUACAAAUGUCAGUGAGCGCAGACAGGCAGAGAGAGAUGCUCAGAGGGACCAGAUAGUGAAGAGAAAAGUGAAGCAAGUAGCAGGUGUGCCCCACAAGGACUCCACCAAAAAAAAAAAAGAAAAAGAAGAAAGGGCAACGCACCAGAGCAGUCCAGUUAAAAAGCUGUCACAAGUCAAGCAGUGAGAGAAAGAGCAGAUAGAGACCUACAGAGCUAUAGAGAAGGAUGGCCAACUCAGGUCUACAGCUGUUGGGUUAUUUUCUGGCGUUGGGCGGCUGGAUCGGCAUCAUCUCCACCACCGCCUUGCCGCAGUGGAAGCAGUCGUCGUACGCCGGCGAUGCCAUCAUCACGGCCGUGGGUCUGUACGAGGGGCUGUGGAUGAGCUGCGCCUCGCAGAGUACGGGACAGGUGCAGUGCAAGAUCUUUGACUCCAUGCUCUCGCUGGACAUCCACAUCCAGACAUGCCGGGCCCUCAUGGUGGUGUCGGUGCUGCUGGGCUUCAUCGGCAUCAUCGUCAGCGUGGUGGGCAUGAAGUGCACGAAGGUGGGAGACAACAACCCGGCCACCAAGACCCGCAUCGCUGUGACCGGGGGAGCUCUCUUCCUGCUUGCAGGUCUGUGCACACUGGUGUCUGUGUCCUGGUAUGCCACUCAGGUGUCCUAUCAGUUCUUCAACCCAAACACGCCGCCCAACGCCAGGUAUGAGUUCGGCUCGGCCCUGUUCGUGGGCUGGGCGGCAGCCAGUCUGACGGUUCUGGGCGGCUCCUUGCUGUGCUGCUCCUGCUCCAAAGACGACAUGCGAGGGCAACAAUAUUACCGCCAAUCACAGCCUUCCACAGCCAGGGAGUACGUGUAAAAACCCCCCACCCCUCUUCCAGCAGUCACCCAAACAGAGAGCAGAGGACACGCUUUGGCACCACCACCCUUUUUUUCCCAUGAAAUCAUGCCUGCUAAGUCCAAACAGAAAGACUACAUGCACACAAACACACACAUGCAAUCAUAUAGCACUGGCAUUUAUAUGCAGAGACACGCUAUACAUAGUGUUAGAUCCACCAGUAGGAUGUUUAUCAUCAGGCAGCCUACAUAUUUGAUGUCAAUCAUCUAACUCACUUCACAAUGUUAUGCUUGUUUUAUGACUAGAACUCUCUCGUGUGCCUUAUUUAAUGUACUUGAAGUUACCAUAGAGACACAAAGAAGACAAACUAAUGGCUUCUUGGUACAGAGGAACGACAUUUAGGGUGAAU